AUGAAGACGCCCAGUCCGUAUAGGGAUGAAGCAGUAGAUCGUGCUGAGAUGCCAUUAGCCAUGAAGCAUCCGGCUUUACUCCCUUGCGAACACUGGACCUCAACCUUGAUCAUUCGGAAUGUUCAUGAGGAUGGUCAUACCGGUGUUGCUACGACUACAUCAAAUGCCAGGAGAAAGUACUGGAUCUUGAAAGCACAUAAUCUGGCCAAGACGAUCAAGUUCAGGUGUACAACGUGCAGAACAUUUGAACACAAAUUGGAAUCCCAGGAGAUGGCGGAGCUACCGAAGGAAAGACUGCGGCCGCAUACACCGCCAUUCCACUACUCAUCUUGUGAAUACUUUGACCCUCUCAUUGUUAAGAUUAGGCGGAACAAGACAAGAAAGCAUUAUGGAGUUUUGUUCACUUGUUUGAAUACGAGAGCAGUCCACCUGGAACAAGCCACUGAUUGCUCUACAAAGGAGUUUAUCCAGGUACUUAGACGGAUUUUGCCAUUAGAGGUCAGCCAUCAAAGUGAUAAGUGGCAAUGGAACUCAUUUUGUCGCGCUGAACACGAGUUGAAAGCAAUGGUGAAAGGUUGGUUAGAUGAGGACCUAAAAUACAUGUAUGCAGAAAAGGGCGCGGAAUGGAUUUUCACUACUCCUACAGCUCCACACCAAAACGGAUGUACUGAUCAUUGGCGAAAAGUUGCAAGUAUGCCCUGA